AUGGAAACGAAUUCCUUGCUUUCCGUUUCCAGAAGCCCCGCCCUUGUGAGAUCACAUUGUGUGAAACCUACUUCGGGGCAUGGUGCAUUGAGUUACUUGCCAUGUCUGACUACCCCUCUUAGACAUAAAAAAAGAACAACUCUUACUAUCAGAGCCACUUCAUCUGCUGAUGCGGGUAGUGCGUCAUCUUCUGAAUCAAAGAGUCUGCUCUCGCUGGUUCUGGAUGUUCCUCGGGCAAUCUGGAAGCAAACUUUAAAACCUUUGAGUGAUUUUGGUUUCGGUGGGAAAAGCGUGUGGGAGGGUGGAGUUGGCUUGUUCCUUAUUUCUGGGGCGUUUCUAUUGGCCUUUAGCUUGGCUUGGUUGAGGGGGUUUCAAUUAAGAUCAAAGUUUAACAAGUAUUUGGCUGCAAUUGAGUUUGAUCAGGCUUCUGGCAUUUCCACUGGAACACCUGUAAGGAUUAGAGGGGUAAAUGUUGGCAAUGUGAUUCGUGUGAAUCCCUCAUUGAGGAAUAUUGAGGCUAUUGUUGAGAUUGAAGAUGAUAAAGUUAUAAUACCACGGAACUCGCUGGUUGAAGUCAAUCAAUCUGGUCUUCUUAUGGAAACACUCAUCGAUAUCACACCUCAAGACCCUAUUCCAGUGCCAUCAGUUGGGCCUCUUCAUGCGGGUUGUGUUAAAGAGGGUCUAAUUGUGUGUGACAGACAAAAAAUAAAGGGGCGCCAAGGAGUGAGUUUGGAUGCGUUGGUUGGAAUAUUUACUCGCAUUGGCCGUGAAGUUGAAGGAAUAGGUGUUGCGAAUACUUAUUCAUUGGCUGAACGGAUUGCUGCUGUUGUUGAAGAUGCUAGACCUUUGCUUACAAAGAUUCAAGCUCUAGCUGAAGAUGUAGAGCCUUUACUGGCUGAAGUUCAUGAUAGUGGUUUGCUGAAAGAAGUUGAGAAUUUAACCAAAAGCCUUACACGAGCUUCUGAAGAUCUGAGAAAGGUACAAUCAUCAAUAUUAACUCCAGAGAACACAGAACUAAUUCAGAAGUCUAUCCAUACCCUCAUUUUCACAUUGAAGAACGUUGAGAAUAUAAGCUCCGAUGUAUUGGGAUUUACUGGGGAUGAAGCCACAAGAAAGAACUUGAAAUUGCUCAUUAAGUCUCUCAGCCGGCUACUAUGAAGCAAUUUUUUUUUUGUUGAUUUAGUCUGUGUGCUAUAUAUUGAAAUCAGAGGUGAGCUUAAUUCAGGUAAGAUGUUUUUGGAUGCGAGUAUGAUGGUGCUACUCUGUUUUGGGCAUUGAAAAGUAAAUGCUUGAAGAAGGAGCUGACUUGGUGUGUGUUCUUCAUGAUAGAUGUUUCCUUGUUCUUCACCAUAGAUGCUUGCUUUGGAUGUGACUUGCAGCAUAUAUACCCAUAUUGGAAGAAAGAUGCUUUGUUCUUUAAAUUGGUGAACCUUGCCAUUGUUUUGUACUCUUAGAUCAGAUGCUCUAUUUCUAGAUUACAAGAAACACAAAUAAUGAUUACCACUCAAACUCUUAUUCAUUUGUUCUACCUCACCUCUAACUAAUACAACAUCGUUUUGGGCA